AUGUCGAGGCUUUUCACCCCCCUGAAGCUGGGCAAGUCCCAGCUUGCCAAUCGCUUGGCCCUGGCACCCAUGACACGGUUCCGCGUCGACGACAACUAUUUGCCCAUUCCGGCUGUUAAAGACUACUACGAGCAGCGCGCCGCAGUGCCGGGGACCCUCCUCAUCACCGAGGGCAUCCUCGUUUCGACGCGCCACGUAGGCCACAAAAACCUGCCCGGCAUCUGGUCCGAGGAGCAAGUGACGGCCUGGCGCGAGGUUACCGAUGCCGUCCACGCCAAGGGCGGCGUCAUCUACGCGCAGCUGUGGGCGCACGGCCGCACCGGCGAGCCCGGCGUCUUUGAGGAAAUGGGCUCCAAGCUAAUGGGGCCCAGCGCCAUCCCCAUGAGCGAGGACAGCCCGACCCCCGCCGAGAUGACCGAGGACGACAUCCGGCAGCUCAUCGCCGACUACGCGCAGGCGGCCCGCAACGCCAUCAGGGCCGGGUUCGACGGCGUCGAAAUCCACAAUGCCAACGGCUACCUGCUCGACGAAUUCCUGCAGGACGUUUCAAACCAGCGGGUCGACGGCUGGGGCGGCAGCGUCGAAAAGCGCGUCCGCUUGCCGCUCGAGGUCGCCAAGGCCGUGGCCGAGGCAAUCGGGGCCGACCGCACCGGGAUCCGCAUCAGCCCCUACGGCAAGUUCCAGGGCAUGCUGAUGGCAGACCCCGACCCGACGUUUAGGCACUUUAUCGAGCAGCUCGCGCCACUAGGGCUGGCGUACCUGCACGUCAUCGAGACGCGCCAGGCGCUGGUCGAGCUCGGGAUCGAAGACACGCCGGACCGGAGCAUCGACUGGAUCGCAAAGCUGUGGGCCAGCAGCGUGGGCGGCCCCGUCAUCGUCGGCGGGGGCCACACGCCCGAGUCGGCCAGGCAAACGGUCGAGGAGCGGUUCAAGGGCCUGGAUGUACUGGUCGGGUUUGGCCGGUGGUUCAUCUCCAAUCCUGAUCUCGUCUUUAGGAUUCAGCACGGCGUCGAGCUGACAAAGUACGACCGCAACACCUUUUACAUCCCCAAAAGUCUGGAUGGAUAUGCCGAUUACGGCUUUAGCUCUGAGUACCAGGUUUCUCAGGGGAAGAACUAA